AUGUCGUUGUUUCUGUGUCUCAGGGCCUCCCCAGUGGGUCGUGGGGGCCUCCCCAGUGGUCGUGGUAAUCAUGAUGUGGUGUUUCUGUCUCAGGGCCUCCCAGUGGGUCGUGGGGCCUCCCAGUGGGUCAUGGUAAUCAUGAUGUCGUUGUUUCUGUGUCUCAGGGAGCCUCCCAGUGGUCAUGGGGCCUCCCAGUGGGUCAUGGUAAUCAUGAUGUCGUUGUUUCUGUGUCUCAGGGGCCUCCCAGUGGGUCGUGGCCUGUGUGUGUGUGAGUCUCUCAGCCUGACCGUGUCCUCCUCCCCUCCAGAGGCCUGUGGCAGUAGAUCGGUAUAUGACGGCCCAGAGCAGGAGGAGUAUUCCUGCUUCCUCAUCGACGAUCCCCGGGAGACCUAUAAGACCCUGAGAGUCAUCAUCUCCUCUGUUCAGACACUGGAGCAGCAGCACACCAAGUACAAACGAGACAUGUUCAGGAAGACCAAGAUCGGCAGCCAGGAUCAUCCAAUCGGAGACAAGAGUUUUCAGUGUUACAUCCACCAACAGUCUGAGAGCUCCACCUACUCCAUCUAGCCCCGCCCACCAACCACUGCCAUGAAGCGCAGAGCUCCGCCCCCGAUGACCUGAGACCUAGCAACACUUCCUGGUUACUCCUGGUCCACGGCUUCCCAUGGUGCAUCUUUCAGAACACGGACACUCAGAGCCGAGGUCUAAUGGAAGAGUCUAUGAUGAUGUGCUACAACACAAUGGACUGUUGGUGUACCAGUGACCACGCACUUUAACCCACAACGGACAUAAAGCUACUGCCUCGUUCUGAAACAAUCGCCCCACAACGGACAUAAAGCUACUGCCUCGUUCUGAAACAAUCGCCCCACAACGGACAUAAAGCUACUGCCUCGUUCUGAAACAAUCGCCCCACAACGGACAUAAAGCUACUGCCUCGUUCUGAAACAAUCGCCCCACAACGAACAUAAAGCUACUGCCUCGUUCUGAAACAAUCUCCCCACAACGGACAUAAAGCUACUGCCUCGUUCUGAAACAAUCUUAUUUUAUUGCUCAUGUUGAUGUAAUGUUUGAUAACUAAAUGGUUUAAGUGGUAAUGGUGCGAAACAACCGAUUCCUUUGUAUUUCAAGUCACACAGACCAAACUCUAGGUUGAAGGACUGUCCACUUGGAGUCCGACUAUGUAUGUGUUGAACUCUGCUGCCUCCUGGCCUGUCCCUGGGUCAGAACUCUGCUGCCUCCUGGCCUGUACCCUGUCCCUGGGUCAGAACUCUGCUGCCUCCUGGCCUGUACCCUGUCCCUGGGUCAGAACUCUGCUGCCUCCUGGCCUGUACCCUG